UUCCCUUCUUCCUUCCCAUCCUCCCUGUGCCUGUGCAAUCAGUUGUGCCACUGUGACUGGAUGCCGGCCAUCUUUUGCUCUCUUCUCUCAUGCUGAAAAAAAUGGAGCUCCUGACUUGAACUGAACUCAGCAGACUCAUCACCAACCUCUUCCUCUUUCCUCUCUUUCAACACAAAGAUCAUGGAUAACAAGGCAUGGCUUUGGAAGAAAAAGUCUUCUUUAAAGAACAUUGAGAAAGAGAGGGUUUUAGAUUUAGAGAGAUCCCUUGAAGAGUUAAAGAAGAAACUAUCAUCAGUUUGUGUUGAGUCCAAUUCUAAAGAUGAUCUUUUGGCAAAGCAAGCAAAAGUAUCCGACGAGGCAAUUGCAGGAUGGCAAAAAGCUGAAGCUGAAGCCCUUUCUUUAAAGCAACAACUGGAUGAUGCUUUACUUCAGAAGAGAACUGGCGAACAAAGAGUAAAAGAGUGCUUGCAACUGCUACAUGUUGCUAAAGAAGAUCAACAGUUCAUUGUCAACAAUGCUGCCUUGAAGAUAUCGAGAGAACAGGAGAAGAUUCGAUCGUUAGAGCAGAGGUUAGUCGAUACAAAUCAGAAGCUCACUGAGUCAGUUGUCCAAAAUGGCAACAUGAAAAGAAUUAUAGAGGCCAAAGAACAUAUGCUCGAAGAAUUAAGUGAGUCUAAAUCGAAUCAAGAGGCAAAACUUGAUUCAUCUGACAAGUUCAUUGCGUCUCUAAGAUACAAGCUGUGCAUGCUUCAAAAAGAGAUUGAGAUUCGUAACGAAGAGAGGGAAUUCAAUCAUCGAUCGGCAACUGCUGCUCAUAGGCAACACCUUGAGAACAUUAAGAAGAUUGCUAAGCUAGAAACAGAGUGCCAAAGAUUGCGUAUCAUGGUCAGGAAGAGACUUCCGGGGCCAACAGCUUUAGCUAAAAUGCGAAUCGAGGUUGAAGCUUUAGAAACAAGAAAGAAAAGGUCAAGUUCCAUGAAUGAAGAUUUCCAUAUGAAGGAUAUGAUUUUAGACGACUGCUAUGAUUUAUCUAGCAAGGGUGUUGUUUCUCUUGUUGAUCAACUGCGCACCACCCAAGAUGAAAACAAGAUUCUCAAAGAAUCACUGACCAAGAAAAACAAUGAGCUUCAGGGAUCACAAAUCAUGUUUGCACAAACUGCAUCAAAGCUGUCACAGGUUGAGAAACAAUUCGAAGAAUUAUCCAAAAGAGAAGCUUGCUCGGAGCUAGCAAGUGGAAGCAGCCCUGUUCCAUAUGAUCUUCCACUUUCAUCAAUUUCAGAGCAUGAUGCCGGUGAUGAUACUGUCAGCUGCAACGAAUCAUGGGCGUCGGCUUUAAUUUCUGAACUAGAACACUUCAAAAGUGGAAAACCAACCACUUCAGAGUAUAGUUUGAUGGAUGGCUCUAUCGAAAUGGAGAAACCUGCAACAGUUUCUGGAGAUAAUAAUUCAUGUGUGACGACUAGAAGCAGUCGUGCAGGACUUGAUUUAUCAGAAGCAACAGGUAGGGAAAUUGUUCCCAUCAGGGAAUUGACGAGCAAGAGUCGAAUCAGGUGGUCACAAUUUGAGAACCAACCCUGUUGGCUUCAUGAUAUUCUGAGGGUCAUCCUAGAAAAGCAUCAUAUCUCGCAAAAAAGUUUCAGUGCCAUUCUUGAAGAUGUUAGAGUUGCUCUUUGUGACCUCAAUUAUACUAGUGAGGGAACUUAUUUCGAUAGCAAAAGUAGUACCCGACUAUCUCCUUCAGACUUUGAAGAAUCAGUUCGUAAACUUAUUGAAUUGGUUGAGGGAAUCAGAAAUGGUCUAGAUGUGCCAUCUGGGGAUGGAGAAGCUGAUUCUGUAGAGCAAAAUUCUCCGGCCAACGUCUCUUUGGAGGAGAUGCUGAAAACAUCGAAUGCUAAGAAUGAAACAUUGAUGGUUCAACUUCAGGAGUUGGAAGCUAAUGUCUCAGAUUUACAGCUACAACUAGCAGCUGCAAAAGAGUCCAAGGGACAUAUUGAAGACGAGAUCAUAAACCAAAAACUGAUCAGUGAAGACCUUGGAACACAGCUUUCAGUUGUGAAGGCCGAACUGAAGGAGGCACACGGAAAGUUCUUGUCCCUUGAAGUUGAACUCGAAGAGAAAAAUAAUUGCUGUGAGGAAUUAGAGGCAACAUGUCUUGACCUGCAGCUUCAGAUUGAAAGUGCUUUGCCAAAGGAAACUCCGAAGCUUGUCUUGCAGCAAGAGGAAAAGCGAAUCGAGGCUGAUUGCGAUAUAGCUGCAGCUUCGGCAAAGCUUGCUGCUUGUCAGGAAACAAUCAUAAACUUGGGAAAGCAGUUGAAAGUAUUGGCAUCACCACGAGAUGCACCUUUAUUUGACAAGGUCAUAUCCAGUCCUGCCACUGUGAAAUCGAAACGCCGGCUUCAGUUAAUUGAUCAUAUGAGAGCAGCAGAGGAUCAGACAGAACCCGAAUCUCCAAACACGAAGGAGAUCAUAUGCACUGAAGUGCCAAAGGCAGCCACAGCUUAUGGUUCAGUAAGCAGUAUGAUGGAUUUGUCACCAGAGAAGUCAGAAAAAGGAGUGCUUACGGUUGCACCGAAGAAACAAAAAGGAAGGGGUGGGUUUCUGAGAAAGCUUCUACUGCAACGACGAAAGAGCAAGGUGUAACAACAGCCUUGUCAUUCCGUUUGAGUUUUCUUUUUUUGGUUGCAAGUGGAGCUCUUGUAGAUGUCAAUAAGAGCUAACAUUUCGAUGUAAAAUUGAUGACUAAAUUGUGGAAUGUUUGAUGGGGUGUAAUCUUCCAUUUGAAGGCUAGAGAUGUCGAGUUGAAUGAGAGUGUGAUCCAAGAUUUCCAUUUGGACAAGAUUGGAGAAGAUAAACACAAAGCUCUAUGGUGUUCUUGGUUA